AUUUGGUUACUUGACAAAAUGCAUCAAGCUACGCUGUUCGUCUGCCUGCUCCUGGGUCUGUUUGUGACCUUUGCCAGCGCCUAUAACGGUCAGGAUAUCUAUGCGGAGCCCAACUGCGCCAUUGUGGAGGAUCAUGCUCGCAAGUUCCGCGACAUUUCCGAUCCCACACACUACUGGGUGUGCCCCGAGGGUCAGGAGAAGGCCGACUACAUUCAGUGCCCGGACAACUAUGCCUUCAUGGAGCCUCAGCAGGAGUGCGUCGUCUGGGAGGAGUGGAAGUGGCUGGAGCCUUACACUAAAUAAACAGCAUACGCUAUAGCACUCUGACAUUUGAGCACACAAUAUAA